GAGAGUUUGGGAUCCCGGAGUUAGGUCCAGGGGCGGGGCGAAUAAGGGGUCAGCCAAGAGUAUUGGUCCAAGACCCACAAAUACAUCAGGAUUUUCCCUCCUCCGUCAGCCUCCUAAGCCCCAAUGAGGUCAUAGCGAUGAGAGAGAAUCAGAUCAAGAGAGAGGGGGAGGAAGAGGACGACGACGGAGAAAAAAACCCAGACGGAAAGAGGCCAUCAGACAAGGUCGCGUUUUCUGGCGAUACAGCAAGUGCGAGAAAUGUGGUGCUGAACACCAUCCACCUGCUCUGCCUGGAGACCUAGGGAUUCACAGAAGCACUUUGCGAUGCCAGGAAAACAAAGGAGGGGAGGCAAGAGGACUGGCGGAGAGGGGUUGUGAGCAGUCCCCCUUUAUCUCUAGGAAGCCAAGCUCUGUUCUUCCACUGGGAAAGAGGAGGGAGCCUGAAAGGUGCAGGAAGCUCCUGGGAGCGCAGAACCCAGACGCGGCAGAACUCGGGACAGCGCCUUGAAGCUGCUAGGGCUCACAUCCAGUCUGCUCUUCAGUGCCCGGCUCCCCGGUGUUGGCUUCUGGACUCCCACCCACCGCCAGCAGUUCCUGUGUGAACGUGCCAGGGACUGAAGCAGCCCUUUCUCCUCUGGCCUGGCCACGGAAAUGGUUCUCUGGUUCUGGAAAUCCAGACCUUUUGGAUAAUGUUUUGUUGGUGAAGAGAGAAAAGUUUGAGGAUUUGGACUGUGGUAGGGGGUGGAAGGGGCUAAGGAGGACUUCGGAAGAAAGAAGGUGGAUGAUUGGCUUCUUUCUCUGAGCUGGAAGGAAUGAUGACCCAAGGAGGAUGUGCACCAGCAGCCAGAUUAUUGGGAGCCUCUUGGUGCUCUCUGUGCUGGAGAUAGGGCUCGGAGUGUCCAGCGUGGCUGUGGGAGCAGUCAGCUUCAGCCUGGCCCUCCGAGAGCACACACCGCAGCUCGGAGACUCGUCCCCGGUAUGGAGCGGGGUGUGUUUUCUUCUUUGUGGCAUAUGUGGAAUACUGUGCGCCAAAAAAAAAUCUGGACUUGUUAUGAUCCUCUUUUCAGCCUGUUGUAUCUGUGGACUCAUUGGAGGCAUCCUGAAUUUUCAGUUUCUUCGGGCAGUCACAAAGAAGACCUCAUCCUUGUACCCACUACACCUUGCUUCCAUGUCUUUGGCGUGUAUUGGCAUUGGGGGCUGCACUCUGUCCUCCUGGCUAACUUGUCGUCUAGCCAGCUAUGAGCAAAGGAGAAUGUUCUCGGAAAGGGAACAUUCCCUGCAUCACUCUCAUGAAAUGGCUGAGAAAAGAUUGAGGGCUAUUGAAAUAACCGACUUGCCCAGCUGCCCGGUGGUGCCCCCGACACCGGAGUUACCUACAAGGAAAUGACAGACAACAUGAGCAAUGGAGGACCACAGCUGAUAAUUAAUGGAAGAGUACAAUCAAUGUUUUAAAGAACUGAACAUUUUCCAGGUUGUUUAUGAGGCAGGAGAGGCUGAAGGCCUGAGAGCUGCAGUUAAAAUGUUUCUUGCAUUUGCUGUUAUUUCCCCCAAGAAUCCACUAAAAUUUUACCUUCUCAAUUUUUGCCUCACUUAUCCUCUAGCCUUUUCUAUAGGGUGAAAACUUUCCAGGAACAUUGUAGCUUUAGUCUUCUCAGCAGACUGAAACAUUUUUGUAAAGAAGACUCUUUCAGAACAAUAAAUGCAACAGCAGUGAUAAAUACUGUAUACAAACAACAUUUGACUAGCAUGAGCUUUAGAAUUGUAAUUGCAUAUUUAAUGAAUAGUUCAAAGGUAAACACAUCAAAAGCUAAUAACGUAUUCAUGUCUUUGUUUUGAAAGACAAAUGACUUCAAGUAUGCUAAAAAUCAAAACCUCAGUAAUGCCUUGUUGUAACAACAUUGCAAUUAAUUUCAAUUUGUGAAUGAACUAUAUUUCAUAGUUUAUUUGUAAAUUACAAAAUACAGCAUCAAUGGUGAUUUUUUAGAGAAAAAUAUGAUUCUGUAUGAUAUUUUUGCACUUUUCCACAAGUGAAAAAUUACAAGUGAUAUUAUGUAAGGAAAACAAAUGUUUUCAUUAUGCUGUGCAGAUUGAUCUGCAUGUCCAUACAUAGGUGUAUAUAUACUGUAAAUAUAGAAAAUACACACAGCAUAUAUUUAUAGCUACAUGAAUGUAAAUAGAUAAUAGGAAAAAUUGUGAUGGUAUAGGUAUUCUACCAGUUAUGGGAAGGCCAUUGCUCAAAGAUUUCUAAGCCCACAAGGUCACAUAGUUAAUUUCUACUCUAUUUGUCCAUUUCCUUCUUUUUCUUAAAUCUAUUGUGUGUAGAUAGAAUUAUGACUUACAUAUAUGAAUCUGUAUGAUAUUUUUGCACUUUUCCACAAGUGAAAAAUUACAAGUGAUAUUAUGUAAGGAUGUAAUCAUGAAUACUGAAGUAUAAAUAUAAAUUACUUAGUUGUUGGGUAUUGUACUGUGAUUAUGGUGUUUAUGUAAAAGUAAUCGUUAUUAUUGAUUUAUAAAUAUCACUUCAAUCAUGUAAGUCUCUAUAAACAAAAAUAUUAUUUAGGAUUAUUCUGGAUAUGAUUAUUUCAAAUAACUUUCAGCCAAAUUAAAUUGUAUAGAAGGGAAGAUGAUUUACCACUCUAAGUGAAGUUACUAGCUUUGCUAUAUUUUAUUUCAAUGGCUUGUGUCCUUUGAUGAUUAACAUGAAAUAAUACAGAAAGAUCAUGUUUGGGAAGUAUAUAUAUUCAAAACAUCUGAGAGAGUUCUCAGUAGAAGGAAACUAAAAGAUAAGCUAACAUUCAUAUAGCUAGAUUCAAUCCUUCUCUUCCACAAUGGAAUAUUAAAAUAGCAGCUAACAAUAUGUAUAAAUGAGUAAAUAGCAUGGACUUUGAGAUAUUUCUGAAAAUUAAUCUCUGACAACAUAUAAAGUAAUAUUUUUAAAUGAGUAACACUACAUUAUAUAUUUUUACUACUUCCCAAAACUAAACAAAUUUCAACUCAUUUUUAUGAGUUAUUCAAUCACAGGUAAAUUGAUAUCUUUAGUACUCAGUAUGAGAACACAUUAUAAUCACAAGCAAGACAUUUUUCAUUGUGCUAACAAAACAGCAAUAAUUUGGCCUAAGGGUACCAUGAGCCUUUGACAAAGUCAUCAUUCAAUCUGUUGAGAUAAACUUUUUAGAAAAUUAUGGCUGAACAGAAAUAGCUGACCCCUACUUGGUUUUGGUAUAAGUUUUGACUCCUCCAUUUGUUUGGAUACUUCAUCAUCUGGUAUAUUACAAAUAGUGUCCAUAGAUUUAAUCUCAAAUAAUGAAUAAGCAUCAUCACUAUUCACUUCAUGCCACACAUAGGCAUGAUAAUUGCCACUAAAUAUCUAAACUGUAAAAUGUAGAAAUCUCGUGUAUAUAUGGUUGUACCAAAUUGAUGCAGGAAGUAGCUUCAUUGUUAAAGAAGAAACCACUGACUCUAAUUUGUGGUAGCAUUUCUCUGUAGAUAUGUUGUAAAAUACAGAAUCAAAAUACAUCAACACAUUUAAUACCUUUUGAAUUUAUUUUUAAAAGCACAGAUUAAAAGACAAAAGUAGGCUAUCAGUGCUUUGAAACACAGUUAAAAAGAGAAGCAAUUUCUUCAGUUAUCUAAAUAGUUUACAGUGUGUAUGUAAUCAAUUCUAGACACAUCUUUAACUGUAAUUAUUUCAACCCAGUGUUUUCUUGACUCAAAUUGGAGUGAUUUAUUCUUGAGAGAAAUGGGGGAAGUUAAGAAAUUAUGCAAGUAAAUGAAAUUUUAAUUUUGAAAACAAACAGACAAGGAAUCAAAAAUGUUAGUGCCUACAUCAUAGUUUUAGUACAUACCUACCCUUGAGGAAAUAUAAUGUGAUACUAAAUUAGGAAAUAAAUGUGAAAUUGGUGUGGAGUAUGUUUUAUAUGCAAAAAACAGAAGUCACUUAUUGGAGAAUUUAAAAUAUAUUUGUAUGUGUAUAUGUGUGCAAUACACAUACAACUGUGUUUAAAGUGGAAUGUUGUAUGAUGACUCCUGAUAUUUAUGUAAUAAAACCAUGUACUUUGAAACUA